AAGCUAGCGCACUUCAGGGAGAUCACGGAGAUCUUUGAGACACGGACGCAGGCAGCGAGAGCAUCAGCAUCAAACACAGACCCGCUAUACGGGGCUCGGCAGCCUCCCUCCCUCCGUCCCUCCGGCUCUCCGUGCCCAGCCAUGAAACAGACGUUACUGGACCUCAUGAGGAUGAGUAGGAUCUGCCGGAUGGUGCUGGCCACUUGUUUAGGAUCUUUUAUUCUGGUCAUCUUCUAUUUCCAAAGUAUGUUCCAACCAGUUAUGAGGCGGAACCCGUUCGCGACGGAGGGCUGCUGUCGGAAAGGCUCCAGAAACGCCCUACAGGAGCUGUACAACCCCACACAGGCUGAGUUCUCAGCGGCGGCGGUGUUGCAUCAGUCCCGGCGGGAUCAGGUGGCGGACACGUGUCGUGCCCACAGUGCUUCCAGCCGCAAGCGCCGCGUCCUGACCCCCAGCGACCUCAAGCACCUAGUGGUGGACGAGGAGCACGAGCUCAUCUACUGCUACGUGCCCAAGGUGGCCUGCACCAACUGGAAGCGGGUCAUGAUGGUGCUGAGCAGUCGGGGCAAGUACAGCGACCCAAUGGAGAUUCCUUCCAACGAGGCCCACAUCCCCUCCAACCUCAAGACCCUCAACCAGUAUAGCAUCCCUGACAUCAACCACCGGCUCAAGAACUACCUCAAGUUCCUCUUCGUGCGCGAGCCCUUCGAGCGGUUGGUGUCGGCCUACCGCAACAAGUUCACGCUCCGCUACAACACCUCGUUCCACAAACGCUACGGGACAAAGAUCGUGCGCCGGUACCGCAAGAACGCCACGGCCGAGGCGCUGCAGAGCGGUGCCGACGUCAAGUUCCAGGAGUUCGCAGAGUACCUGGUGGACCCGAGCACUCAUAGAGAAGCUCCGCUCAACGAACACUGGCAGACAGUCUACUCGCUCUGCCACCCCUGCCACAUCCACUACGACCUGGUGGGCAAGUACGAGACUCUGGAGGAGGACGCCAACUACGUGCUCAAGCUGGCAGGGGUGGGCGAAUCAUUGCGCUUCCCGUCGUACGCCAAAUCCACCCGUACCACCGACCAAAUGGCGGCCAUGUUUUUCAACAACAUCAGCUCCCAGCAGCAAAGCCAACUCUACCAACUCUACAAACUGGACUUUCUUAUGUUUAACUACUCCAUUCCCAGCUACCUAAAACUGCAGUAAACACAGCUGUGCACACGUUCCGAGCUCGUUCAACGAGAUUGAUCAAUGGAAGAACGGCCAUGGCUGAAAGACACAGGCGGGGGAAUCAACCAAGCACCUAAAUGUAAAAUUGUAUUUAAAUCCGCUGGGAUGGUUGCAUUAUUUCGAAACGACCAAGGAGCUGUCGGUCUACUGCAAAUGCGUAAAGUGGACCACUCGAAAGUGGUCUUUUGAAACUGAAGUCCUGAUGUAUUUGCCUAUUGAAUUGUACAUUAUCAGUGUAAAGGCUCCUGUUCCCAAACAUCAAAAGCAAUAUGACAUAUUCUGAGCUGUACCAGCUCAACUGGUUUAUCUAUUAAUAUACUCUGCCAGCCAUCGCCCUUAUCGAAGCUUCACAGAAAGGAGCGGCUAGACUAAUAAUAAGACUUGCGAUACAAUCAGACUUCAGUUCCCCACUUCUAAUUUUGUGUUCCCUUUGGAAGUUCCCUCUCUUUUCUCCCAUACUCAGACGGCCUUUGUGUGUGUGUGUGUGUAUUUAUACGGUGCAUAUUUGAAGAUGCACGCUAAAAUAAGAAUGACAAAAAAAGAGGCAUUGAAUGAUGCCUUUUUGAAGGGGCAUGUCCAUUUGUGAGUGACCGGGAGGGGCUCCGCCCACUGGGUCAGUCAGGGAGCAUCUGUAGCAGUCGGGAGGUCAGAGGUCACUGCGAGUUGGCCUCAAGCACACUGUUCCCACAACCCCUCCUCCCUUGGUUGGUCUUCGGUAAAUGUAAGGAUUUUGGGUGUUUUGUUUUAUUUUGUAUUUGUUUAUAAUGGAAAAGGUUGCUGCGAGCAGCACGCUAUAAUAUUAUUUGAAUUACUGUGUGAAAUAGAGAUGAGAAAGAAUUUUGUUUCCAGGAAAGGAAAUCAGCUUAGCGCUAGAGGUUUAAUUGUUAUAAUUUGUUCAUAUUUCUUCUUGCCUCAUAUGCAGAACACAGUUGCUGGGAUACCUCGCUGGUUGUUUUGUGACGGGUGUACGGAAACGGGCAGGACUUUGUUUUCUGGGCUGUUCUCAUGGGAAAGUUUCACACAGUUGUGUGCGUUUGAGAGAGAGAGAGAAUGCAGGGAAAUCUGUUCCAUCCAUUAGAUGAUUUAAACGUCUUUCUCAAUUUGAGAAGGUUAAAGGAACACCCUUUAAUUUAGCAAGCUGUCUUUUAUGACCAUGAUGACCAUGAUUUGCUUUGACGCUGCACAAAAAUGAUAAAAACUGCUUAUUUAUGUGCGCGAUGGCCACAAGUGGGUGUGUCCAAGUGCAUUAUCUCAAUGUCUUUGUACCAAAUCUUGACUCUGGCUGGCGAAGGUAACGGAUAAAAGGCUUCUUUCAGCUUUCUCUCUCCCCACAUCUCUCUACUUUUUAGGAAAAGUCCUGGGUUUAUUUGGCCUGAAAAAAAUCGGACAAACCCAAGCUACGUUAUCAACUUCUCUUUUCCCCUCUCAAGUCACUCUAUUUCUGCUGCUGUUCCUUUCUCACGCUAAAUCUUAUCCUAAGCUUCCUCAUCAUGCAGAAAACAGUAAAAACCGUUCAUGGAUUUGUCAAAGUCAUAAUUACAAAACUCAUUUCUUGUCAUCUAGUAAUUAUGGUAACUGAUUGGCUGGUUAGGACAAAAACUCAGAUUGACAUGCAAGAGAUUCGAGUAGAUAAAUUUAGCGUAUUAUCCUUCACAAAAGACACAAAAACCCUUUGUGUAGUCGUUCUUAGAAUGCCUGUUCAAAUCUCAUCUAACCUCUUCGCCAGAGCAGGAAAUUAAUCCUCAAGUCUGAACUUCUUUUUUUGAAUCAUCAGCUCAGAAAACAAAGUGUGCCUGAAUGGUUUCGCAGUUUUUCAAACCUGUUUAUUUCAUUUGUUCUGUAACAACAAACACGGUACAGCCUCAUUAGCGCCCACCCGACAGCCACACUAAUACAUGCAUUAGCGCCCACAUUAGCAGGCACAGUGCCUUUCAAACUGUCACUCUAUCACAUGUAGUACAGCACACUCUCAUUGCAUGCAACUUGCAUUUUUAGAAAUAAAAAAACAAACAUGAUUUGCUUGAUUUAUGACUAUGCAUCCAGCUGAGGACAUUCCCAGACUGAGGUUUUAUCAUAUUUACACACUUAGGUACAGAACAGCUUGGCUCACCAUCCACACAUGCUCACGUGGCUUACCUGUUUCUCUAUGUGCCUGUUUGAUAAUCAAUGUUUGGUUCAAUGUUUCCAUAUUUGUUUUCAGUGAGCAUCCGCUCACUUUCUUCUCAAACAUUUUCUUAAACCAUCCACAGUCUAAUUUAUUUAUUUAUUCCUCCUCGGUAUUCAGGAUGGACUCUGGCGGGUCACGGGUUGGACCCUCGCACUGUAAAUGGGAAAAAUACAAACCAAGUGAACUGUCAGAUCAAUGCGCUCCCUGGAGAAUGCGCUCACACUGUCUCUCUAUCUCUUUUUCUCUCCUGUUUUCUCAAUAAAGCUGAAACUGAACCCCUUA